AAAUGUUGUCCAAUCGCAAGUUAUCAGAAUGUGUUAUCAAACAUUGUGAUUUUUUUUUUAUUUCUGAAAUGUACGAUUGAAUCAGAUUGACACGUAGGCUCGGUAGUGAUUUUUUGAAAUUAUUUUACAGUUAUAUUUUCCGUGUGUUUUAUUUUACUUUAAGAGUCGUACAAUGUGGGUUUUACACACACUGAUCUUCGCUGCGGCUGUAUUGAAUGCAAGCUCACAGAACUCGAGCGAGGUGUCUGGUGUUGGCGUCGCGCCCUCACAGCGCCCCUCGGGGGACCCGGUGGGCUCCAUGAGGCUGCCGAUGGAAGGGGGCGGGGCGGUGGCCUCGGUGGCGGAGCAGCGCGCGGCGCGACCCUCGCUGACAGAGGGGGGAGGCGCGGUCGAGCUCUCGACGCCAGCCUCCGGGGAGGCUGCUAACUCGUCUGCAGCCCCGGAGACAGCGCACUCUCUUGACGCGGUCAAGCAGUUGGACGUGGAGCAGCUGCUGGCUGCCGAGGGCGAAGCCAGCGCCCGCAAUCGGACCUCCUCCGUGGUCGGCCGCAAGGGUGCGCCCGCAGAUGUCCCGCUAGACACUCCGAGCGUGACCGAGGCGGGUGAGAGCGCAGAGGUGCAGUCCUUGUUCACAGACGAGCCCAGGAGCAGUGUGACGCCAAACAUCGCGUGUCCCAACUCCACGCUGUCGGGGAACACGAGUGCAGGGGGCAACUGCAGUCAGAACCAGCACGCUGAGGUGUCUUUUCCGGAGGCACCUGGCGUCAAAAGCUCUGAAGCAUCUACAGUCAUGCCGACUGUUUCUAAACCUGUUGUGUCUGAGCACUCCACGCCAGAAACCCAGGUUGGCACUUUCACAAACAACACCACCGCUCAGAACACCUCGCGUAACGACCAUCCGAAGAAGAAGACGAAGCCUUUGAAACCUGCCAUGACGUCUGAUGAAAAUGAGACGAAGGAACAAUUGGAAGCCACGGACACGCCUGCGUCGAAAGGCGACUACAUCGUCCCUAUUAUCGGGAUAGUCCUUGCAGUUCCCAUGGUGGUGAUCCUUUUCAUGUUCUUCUAUAAAAGAAGUGCCGAGUUCUGGGAGCGGAGACAUUACAAAAGAAUGGACUUUCUGAUUGAUGGAAUGUACGACUGAAAGAAUAUGUAGUACAUUUUCUGUUGGCGGCUUGAACCUUUUCUUUUCCAUUUCUGGCAUUUCAAUAACUUGGGCUGUACUGCAGGAAAGGUUAGUAGUUGUGGCAUUUAGGGGCAAUUCUGAAUAAACUAUACAUUAUGAUAAUGAUGAUUUUGAAUGCUGCUUGGUUGAUUACCCAACUAGAGCCUGUUUUUAAAACUAAGUCUGCACUACUCUGCUUCCUGAAGCAUGGUAGUAGUGAGUCAAUAAUACAAUGAAGAUGGCACAUUGCUCCCUCUACUAGUAGUGCAGUACUUAAACCCAUAUUGUCAAUAAAUUAACCAAAUAACGAACAGAACAGAUGAACAGGCAUGCAAGUAGAGUCGUACAGAUUUGCAAACAAAAUAAGUUAAUAUCAUAGAGUAGGGGUUUCUGGGAAAUAUGCAAAUAAUAACUUCAGUGAAAGAUUGAAAGGUUUGUUUUGUUUGGUCAGCUUUAGUUAUAAUACUAAAAUCUUAAAUUUUAAAUUUUCUGCGAUUUUAUAUAUGUUGCUGAAGUAACCUAACCAACCUUUCAUUUCAGUUAUUGUUCACAAUAUUUCCCAGAAGCUAAAAAUGAAUUACGUAGGGAGGUAAAGAAUGAUUGGAAUUUUUUAAAAAAAGUAAUCGGGAAAUAAAUGAGAAAUAAAAGCAGUACCCAAAAAUUAACAUUCAUAAUUUAUUUUUAAGUUUCUCAGAGAAAGUAAGUUGUCACUGGGUCUAUGUUGACAAUAUUAUAGUAAAAUGUGAAGAGUCACUGUUUAUAAGUAAAAAAAGAAGAGUAACAAAAGUAAGGUUGUUAGGUUAUUUCCGCCCCAUUAAUAAUACGUAAAUUAUAUUUUUAACUUGGGAAUUAACGUAUUUAUUAAUGAUGUUCAGAUGACCAAACCAUCCUUUCAGUUUGGUAUCGUUAGACUUAGUUCCUAGAAGCCGCAACUCUGCACACUUGCUUCGCUUAUUAUUGAAGUGUGCAUGGGUGGAAAAUGUGUUGGUUCUCGGCCAAUGGAAAGUCAUGGCAUUUGUUCAGUCCUGUAUUCUUGUACUAGCAGGAGCUGACAAUAUAUUCAGUGCUGCAUUGUCUGUAAUUGUUCUUUAGAACAUGCUUUCCAAUAUGUGCAGGGAAUCGUACUGCUUUUUUUUUUUUUUUUUUUAAUUCUGCUGCAGCCUUAUAGCAUAAUUCUGAAAAAAAAAAAACUUGCACGAUUGAGUCUAGUGAAUAUGUUUUAACAUGUCAGAUUACUCGAAUGUGCAAUGUAGGCUCUUAUGAAACACCGUUUUGUGAGAAGGGGAAAUGUGCAGAAACAAGCCGAUGGAUUAAAGCAGCUUAAGGUGCGUCAGUCGGGAAGUAAGCAGAGCUGCUUGUGCUUGAUUAGGUCCUUCUUCGGGUCAGCUGGGUGACAUCUGGGAACGUCUGAAGCCAACCUGUUCACACGUGUUCGUCUUGUUUUCCGAACGUCGGUCACAGCAUCCGAGUCGGGACACUUGUGAACACCAGCGUUCAUGGCCUAGUAUAACUGUUCCAGGCAAUUUUGGAGUUAAGGUGCUUUUAAAAAAGAAUAACUGUAUGAAAAUUGUGGUCCUGGGUUACUGUCACCCAAAACAUUUUUGCUAGUUCAAAUGUUUAAUAUCUGAACUGUGCCGCUCUCUUUCUCGGAGCAUGGCGGGUACACCUGCCUGCCUGCCACCGAUGUUUCUUUAGACAGCUCGAGCACUUUCUGCAGUCGCCUCACAUUGCGAGGAGGCAAAACAACUUUGCCCCUUUUACACAAGCAUGUACGCAUUGGAGAAAAAAGUCAAGAAUGUGCUAAUUCACCUACAAUUAAUUAAUAUAUAAAAAAAAAUUAACUCCAUAUAUGUUGGAUACAUCUAUAGUUGUGUAAUAUACUUGAUUUACUCUCUGUCCUUUUUUAUCACCUAAAGAACAAAUUUUAGGUUUUUGCAAACCGGAAAACUGGGGGGGAAAAAAGUACAUGUUAUCCCUUAUUCUGAUGAAUGCACUGGACAGCUAGAUGAUUGACCUGUGCUUGAACUGUGUUUGCAGUUCAUAAGCUGGCAGUGGGUAUAGUUGGAAUUUAAAAAUAGUACUUCAGUUGGAUUCAUAUGAAAAUAAAUGUGGGAAAGACGAAAGUGGUCAGGUUUACCAGGAAGAGGAAGAUUGUCAGGAGGGAAUAUCGCUGGAGGGGAGACGUGAUAAGUGAGGCCGACAGCUAUAAAUAUCUAGGGGUGGUACUGCAGGGUAACCUGGGGUGGGGGGAGCAUGUAGACAAGGUAGUGAAGAAGAGCCGACAGGCCCUGGGCAUGCUGGUACGAGUGCUCAGGGGGGGAAGCAGCAGCAUACGUGACAAGGCCUAUAAAACUAUGGUCCGCCCCAUGCUGGAGUAUGCCGCAGCAGUGUGGGACCCAUACACGGCAGUACUUGAGAGGGAGCUGGAGGGGGUGCAGAGGAGAGCAGCUAGAUGGGUGAAGGGCAAGUAGAGGAGAACGGACAGAGAAGGGAAGGGGGAGUGCAGUAUCACAGAGAUGAUGAUAGGAAUGAGAUGGGAGAGCUUAAAGGAUAGAAGACAGAAGGAGAGACUGGUCAAGAUGUACCAGGUGCUGAGUGGAGUGGGAGGAUGGGGAGAGCUGGGGGGCAAAGUCAAAAUGGGAAUGCCUAGAAGUAGGAAGGAAAAUACUAGGAAGGUUUUCAGAGGUGGAGAACAGAAAGGGGAAAAAAUGCGAUGGUCGUGAGGACAGUAGGGGAAUGGAAUAGGCUGGAGGAGGAGUGUGUGGCGGCUGGGAGUGUGGACCAGUUCAGGAGAGUGAGGGGAAAGUAGGGAGAAUGCUUGCCACCGGGCACUUUGUACCCAAUCGCAGCUAUAUAUUAAAUAAAAAAAAAAAACACCCAAACAUACAGUAGGUAGUUGUAAUUUUUAUCUUCACUUGAUUCAGAAAAGCCUCUAAACUCUGAAAUUAUUCUGGUACGUGAUAUGUAAUCCAUUUUAAUAACUGGUUGUAUCCUUGUUGCCAUUGGACUGUAUCCCGAAUCCUUUUGAUUGGUAACUGCCUACGACAUGAGCAUUCAUAAAAAAUAACUAGUGGCCUUAAUGCAUAUUACAGUUAUUGUAAAAUGUAUUAAACCUCCAAAUAUUAAGUCUACUUGCUGUACAAGUCUUUACAGUUUCAAUCUUAAAAUGAAAUGUGUAGGGAAGUUGGGUCAGUUCAAACUGCCGAUAGCUUGUCUUCUUUCUGCUUUAGUCUUGAAACUGGUGAUGCCACUGAGUUGUACUAGGCCAGAUAUGUUUUUUUAUCUAAAAUGCAGUCAAAAGCAUGGAUAAAUUAAGGUCGUGUAAUGAACGUAGGUCCGGGAAAUUCUUCUCUUUAUCACUAGAAUCAUUACAAUGUACAGAGCUACAAUGGAUUCCUGUUACGUGGCCUGCCGUACCAUCAAUCAUUUGCACGGUACAUAGCAGUGUUGUAGAGAGAGAGUAGUUGUGUACUACACUGGUCAUGUGGCAUUCCACACAACAGGGAUCCAGUGUAGCCUGUCUCGCUGUAAAACAGUAAUAGUUCUGGUGAUAAGGAGAAGCAUUUCUGCAAGCUCUACACAUCUUGCACAUGUUUACGCAGUUCUGAUUUGUAUAUUUGAUCCACACUGCGUACUCACAGAUCUGUGUAAGGCUUCUUGGAUCGCAGUUGCGUGAAUGCUUUGUUGAUGUAUUGUUGCACUUGCUAAUUGCAAAGCCUGUUUAGUUUGUACGUAGUGCGGUCGUCCGACGUGACGACUCGCAGCAGCCUGUUGAGGUCGCAGUUGUUGGCGUUUGUUGGCAGCGACGGCCGGUGUGUUCCACUAGCUCAUCAACUAAUAUCGUCAACGUGUUUGCUUAUUACAUUUAUCAUUUCCGUGUAAUGUCUGCCCGUGCUUUUCCUUCGUCGCAUCUGCAUGGCAUAAAGCAAUGCGAAUCUUGCCAGACUGAGCACCAGUUUCGAACGAGAGGGACGGGCAAAUGGCAGUCUCUGGUAGAUGCAGCGAAGCAGCAAUAAACUCACGCUGGCUUGUUGCUAGUGUUGAUAAUGUCGCUCUGGAGGUGUAGCAAUGCGAGGAGCUGAGUAUUGUCUAUAUUGGAACGUACGAGCAUUUAACUCAUUGCUAUUGUGAAUACUUAAUGUAUUGUGUGUGUCUACAUUACAACAUGUUAUUUUAAUUUUUUUUUUUAAUUUCAAAAAGUGUCUUGUAGUGUUUUAUUAACAUAAUUGUCAGGAAGUUUUGUUUACUUUCUAAUUUUAAAUUUUCAUAAUGUGACUAUCGUGGAGUCUUGUCGCCACAUCGAGGUAAUUUGAUUACGACCUGGGUUCUUGCGUGAACGAACACCUCGAGGUAUCCUCCCACUGCUACCAACGCUCACACCGCUGUGUGUGGAGCGACGUAGCCACGUGUCCGCUAUGCUAGUUGUCGCGACAACGUAUGCUUUACGAAAGCGUAUGCGUCAGCGGUCACGAAUGGAAACAGGGAGGUUUUAAUGCAAGUUUGGACACGAAACUAACAGUUCUGUCUUGAUUGGUGGCCAUAAGCACCCACCACGAGCAGAAAUGUGUGAUUUAUUUAGUUUUGUUAAUUUUAAAAUUUGGUUAGUGAAAAUAAAUACGCGUGUUUAUGUAUGUGUAUACACACUGCCAUCAACUCAAACACUUAGUGUAAAUAAUAUUUUUUUGCAGUUAUUUUGAAAUAAUGUGUUGGAUUUUCUUAACAGUGAAUGAUUGGCCGAUAUUAACUAUUAAUAGGCAGAGUAUUUAUAAAAUGCUUAAUAACAACUAAUAGAGUGUUUGUCAGAUGAAAAUCAAUAGAAUGCUGAUUGCAUCUGGAUUAAAACACACCAAAUCACAAAUUACGAAACUGCAUACAGCUGUACAAGCGUAUAUGAUUGCAGUACGGGAGUUGAUGGUAGUGAAUUACAUUAUUAUAAGUGUACUUAGUGAUGGUGGAUGUAUGUUGUUCCAUUAUUGGUAGAACCAUAUUAUCGAAAGAUUUUAAGUAGAUAAAUUUUAUUUUUUUAUUUUUAUAUUGGUGGUUUAUAUUUUGGUGUUUUAUGGUGCUAUUAAUCUGAAAUUUGAAGUACGUUAAAUGGAAUCUUGUAUUGUUAUUCCUCAAGAUGAUUUUUAUGCUUUUCUGUGGCCGUACCAUUCCUUUAUUUGGUCUGUGUUGCAUGCACUUGUUCACUGAAGAUUGUUCCAGAAGUGCUGUAGUGGUUUGUUGACAUGCAGAUGUUUGUGUGGGUUAGAGCUUUGUUUACAGUGUCUGUGAAACUUGGUUGUUGUUUUAUACCAGUUGGGUUAGGGUUUGGCACUCUGUGGAAGCUUGACGUAGCAACUACUCUGCCACAUGUAGUACGUAUUUAUGAUUUGUUUCACGGCAAAUGGUGUGCACCGAAUGCCUGUCAUAUUGUGUAAAAGCUCUCUUAUUCCUCUGAUGAUUGUUCUUCAGUUGGGUUAAAUUUGGUGCUGUAAUUAUUUUAGAGUUAAUGGUUUUCUCUCCAUGGUUACUAAUUAGAUACCACUUUGGUUCUUCUAGUAAUUUUUUUAUCGGAUUAGCAAGCUAAUUAUUUUAAGUAAAAAUUUUUUUAAAUGUUAAAUAUUAAGCUUUUUUCAAUUUUAUUUUAAAUUACGGUCUGAAUGCUGUGAAGAGAAGAAUAUGUUUUUUGAAAAUGUUUCUGUACAUAGCAUUGUCUGUGUCCUUUGAAAUUAUCUUCACAGGCGUUAACAGAUAAUCUUGCCUUGUUUUUAAAUUCAGUGUUGACGUGCAGUGGUGCUCUCUGAUGGCAAUGGCACAUGCAGUGCAAGAAUCAUUCAGAGAACUCGCUGUCCGAGCUGCGAUAUUGGAACAUUCACUUGUCUUCUUUGCUAAAUAAAAGACUAACUGUGGGGCUAUACAAUCUAUAUCAUGCCGGUUACUACGUGUACAUAAACCAUGACGUCAUAUGUGGCAGUGAUGAAAGCAGACAAUAACAUAGUGUCUAGUAGCAAUACCUUUUGAGUGGCUGCUAGGGAGUUAGUGGCAGUAGCAGAUUGUAGCAAUAAGUUCCCAUUGUGUUCCCCUGCCAUUUCGUUAAAAAACACAAAGCCUCUUAUGUUCCUGGUAUUCUGUUAAAACAAUCAAUCCCUCGCUCAUGCCGUACCGUCCAAAAUCACGCUUCAUGUCUGCUAGGUGUGCGGAUGUUGCAAGUUGCAAUGCUGUGAUACGUACACAGCAUGGAAGUGCUUUGCGAGACGCCUCCGCUGCUCGUGUUUGCUGCGUCUGCGGUCUCGAUGUUUGCAACAAGCAGCUUCGUACAAGAGAAUUGUUCAUUAUUUCGCACCUCCCGUAUUCUUCAUUUAAUUCUUGUAAUGUGUUUGUGAUUGAUGUUCCAGAAUAGAUAUUUAAGAUUUAGAUAAUGUGAACAAAAAAUAUUAUUCAGGAAUGUAUUGUUUAGUAACUUUGUACGGUAAAACUCCAGUAGUUAAUGCUCCAUCCAACCAAAACACCCAACUGUGCUCUUUGAUAAGAGUAUGCAAUAUUUGUCCUGCUUAUUGUAAAUUCGAACUGAAAAUUAAGAAUUGAAUUAUGUUGAAUUUGACAAAGAAAAAACUGGCCAUCUGGCAACUAUGGAAGUGCUGUUUUCUUUGAAUAUAUUGUUUCUCUUAUUUCACAGGAACUGUAAAAGUAUUUUGCAUACUUAAAACUCAUAUUUCUAUCUUUUGAGUUCGCUCAUUUAUCAUAUGUAUGUAUAGAAUCAAUCUGUUUUCUAUACAAAAUUAUCCAUAACUAUGUUCUCUCUCCAUUCUACUGAAGUCUGAAGUUUCGCUGUGUUCCUGUACCAAACUACUGGUAAUAAGUGUGUACAGGCAUUAUUAAAAUAAUGCGAUGUUAAUAGUACUGUAUAAUAUAAAAAAAUGUAUUAUAUAGAAACUGUACAUAACUUGCUAUGUUGCCAUGUACUGGUUGAGAAUAUUUAACUUCAUAAAUACCACUAAAAGCUUAAGUUUAAGAGAUGAGUGUGUGGUCAAAAUGCAAGACCUUACUGCUUAUAUGUGCUGUAAUCUAUAACAACAGUGUAUCAUUUUAUAAAUAAUGCAAAUAUGUCAAUGGGUUUAAUUUUUCUUUAUAAUUUUUAUACUGUAAUCAAAAGUUUCACUAAUUCAUCUGUAUCAUCCAAUUUGUUUUAAACAGUUUGUUUUUAAUAUAACAAAUAUAUGUUCUUGAUACGUGUUAUAUUAUCAAACUGUUGACAAGUAGUUUUUAAGCUUGCUAUGCCAUGUUCUAAAAUAGAAUUUAGUUUUUGUAUCAUGUUUUCAAAUAGUUUAAUAAAAGCACAUUAGUAACACUCACAAUUUGUUUAAAAUACAGCUAAUGUUUCAUCUAUGGUUAUUGUAGUUUAAGGGACAUGCAUGAAACCGUAUGUUCCUACGUAAAGACUGGGAUUUUAUGAAUGUUUAAAGAUCGUGAUGCUGAUGAGUUUUAUGCGACAGUAACUGCACACACAGUGAUACUACGUACUGUAGCACUAAAGGGGGGAAGAGAAAGUUAUCUUUGGAGAAAGAGA